AUGGCUCCCUUAGCCGAAGUCGGGGGCUUCCUCGGCGGCCUGGAGGGUUUGGGCCAGCAGGUGGGCUCGCACUUCCUGCUGCCUCCAGCAGGGGAGCGGCCGCCUCUGCUGGGCGAGCGCCGCGGCGCGGCGGAGAGGGGCGCCCGCGGCGGGCCCGGGGCCGCGGAGCUGGCGCACCUGCACGGCAUCCUGCGCCGCCGGCAGCUCUACUGCCGCACGGGCUUCCACCUGCAGAUCUUGCCCGACGGCAGCGUGCAGGGCACCCGGCAGGACCACAGCCUCUUCGGUAUCCUGGAAUUCAUCAGUGUGGCGGUGGGACUGGUCAGUAUUAGAGGUGUGGACAGUGGUCUUUACCUUGGAAUGAAUGACAAAGGAGAACUCUAUGGCUCAGAGAAAUUGACUUCUGAAUGCAUCUUUAGGGAGCAAUUUGAAGAGAACUGGUAUAAUACCUACUCAUCCAACAUAUAUAAACACGGAGACACUGGCCGCAGGUACUUUGUAGCGCUUAACAAAGACGGAACCGCGAGAGACGGUGCCAGGUCCAAAAGACAUCAGAAAUUUACACACUUCCUGCCCAGACCAGUGGAUCCGGAAAGAGUGCCUGAAUUGUACAAGGACAUACUGAUGUACAGUUGAAGCGUGAUAGUGUCUUUACUGAAGAACCAAACUACGACCAUUCUUUCUUGUUACAGUUCGCACCGUGAAAUAACCCAGGAAGACCCUCAGAAUGUUUUCUGGCGAGAGACUGACUUUGGAAAGGAUAUUGAGAACGGACAAAAAAUAACCCCCACAUUUUGACUUGAAGCAGAUCAAGACCUCUCUUUAUACGUGGAUUAAGUUCCCUUAGGUACACUGGGUCAGUCCUUACUGGAAAAUUGAAGCUGAAAAUCUGUUAAACUGUGGAUAAUGGGAACCCCACCUAGUUUGCUGCUGGUACCUCACCUCUCUGGAUUAUGUUUACUUUAAAAGUUACAUUAUAAAAUAGACACUUCAUGUUGAAGAAAUAAAUCAACGCAGUUGGCCAAAAUUAUUGCUACAUAAAUUCUGAGGACCUUGUAAGAUUUUGCAGGUUAUGGAGUUACAUGUAAAAAACCUGGAUGAAACGUGGACUAUGGAACAUGCAUGCCAAGAUGGAACAUUUUUUUUUUUAAGGAUGGACCUAUUUAUACAUUUUC